AAUAAUUAAAUUAAAAUAGGAAAAAGAAAAGUGGAGAAAUAAUAAAAUAAAACUUACCCAUUUGCGUGCAGAGUCAUCGACCGCCGACUUACGUCGUCAUUUCCGCUUAUUAACGGCGUUGAUCUUCCGCUGUUUCGCCUCGGAUUUCGCGCGAGUUAGGGUUUUGAUAAUCGGCCCCAAACCACGAAGCCCCCUUUCUCAUGGAAAUCAUCACAUAUCCCCCAAAUUAUUUUUCCAUCAAUUAACUGGGGUGGCUGAUUCAGGGUGUAUAUUAAAUAAGGAAUUGGCUUAUCUCCUGUAAAAACUAUCCAUCUAUCAAGGGUCAAUGUUUAUAAACAUGAGGAACAUGUACAGAACGAGCAGUAACCAAAACCCUAGGACCAGCAUCCUUCAUAUGCUUGGGUACGAGAACAGGCCAAUGGUGAGUGGCGACACCUCAUUGCUGUGGAUUUCAUAUUUACAUAGGGUUGGCCUAAUGUCUUCUAUUGUUCAGUUUCUUUAGACUGAUCAGGCGUAGAGUUCUAUCGUAGUUUUGUACUUAGAGUUUUGGAUUUUAACUUGUGGAUAUUAGUCUUAGUAGAUUGUAAUGGAAGGAAAUAUCGAAAAGGUAUUGGAUAGUCGCCAAAGAGAAUUACAGACCUUAAAGAGAAAGCGGGCAACCCGGUGCGCUGCACAUUUUACUGGAGCUACCCACACGGACUUUCCUCUGUUUCCAGCCUUCAAUACGCUUGGGAAGCAAAGGAAAUUAAAGGGAUUAAGAAGCAAGCACUCAAGUAGUGGGUCUCACUUUAGAAGAUCCUUUCUGAAAUGCUAUGUGAAUUUUAUGAAAAGUGGCAUGCCCCAACGCCUAAUGUUUUAUCAGAAUGGCGAAUGGACUGAUUUUCCUGGGGAUCUUAUUGGAAUGGUUAGGAAAGAUCUCGUGAUUAAGAAGGCAACUAGUGAGAUCGCGUUGAAUGGUCGGCAUUAUGUGCUGGACUUUUUGCAUAUGUUCAAAAUGGACUUGGAAACAGGUUUUCAACAACCUAUUGCAUGGAUUGAUGAAGCAGGAAGGUGCUUCUUUCCUGAAACCUUUUCCAACGGCGAUCCCGAUGAUGACGAUGAACCAUAUUCAGACCGUGCCUAUGAAAAUGUCAAAAGUCAAGAUCCUGUUUUUGCAGAGUCCUGUGGGUCUCGUGACAUCAAAUUGCAGCUGGAAAUAGAGAUAAACGGAGUUGGUAAAUCUAUGUUUAAGGAAUGUAGUGGGGAGUCAAACGCUCUGAUUAAGAAAAUUCAUAUUGAGCAAGAACCUUGCACUAAUCCAUACAUUGUGGAUGCUGAGGAUAGUUGCAAUAGAGAACCUACUGUUAGAGUUGAAACUGUCAAGGGUAACGAAGAGAUGGAAGCCAAAUCAUUAUCCAUUAAUGGCUCUUUAAGUGGGAAAUUGAAUUGUGAUUCUGCACGGAAGAUGUUUCUUGAGGGAAUGGGUGCCUUUUAUGGUACAGACAUCAUUGAUAUAUACCCUUGCUUAGGUACUUCAUUGCAGUCGAGACGUGCACUUUUUGAGAAUCAGGCUGAAAUUACUAAGGAGUGUCGUGGCGAUGCAAAUGUUCAAUAUGCGUGGCUGGCUUCUUCAAAAGAAGCACUAUCUACAUUAAUGGUGCAUGGGCUGGGUUAUUGUGGACGGUCCACCAUUAAGUCAACAUAUGGCAUUGGGGUCCACAUGGCUGCUGCUGACUUUCCAUCUAUUAGUGCAAGGUUGAGUGAUGGUGACGAAAACGAUGUACGGUACAUGGUACUCUGUAGUGUAAUAAUGGGACGCAUGGAAGUUAUUCCAUUGGGAAGUAAACAAUGUUAUCCCAGUUCCAAUGAUUUUGACAGUGGAACAGACAAUCUUGAGAACCCAAAGCAGUAUAUUAUCUGGAAUAUGAAUAUGAACACCCACAUCCAUCCGGAAUUCAUUGUUAGUUUCAAGGUUCCAUCUGGUACUGAAGGAUCUCCAGUUGGAAGUGAGCUGAAGCAUGAUGUUUCGGGGGUUACAUCAUCAUCGUCACGGCCAUUGAACCGGCUACAAACAGAGCCCUCUACGAUGAAUGUGGGGGUCGAUGAGAAGCCAAUUUCAGGUUCUGUGAGGCCUCAGGGAAGUGACUGUCGACUGAUUUCAGAUUCUGGGAGGUCUGUUGAAAAUGCUGCUAGUUUGGGUUCGAGCACUUCAAGAAUUCCCAGAUCUCCUUGGAUGCCUUUCCCCAUGUUGUUCGCUGCUAUCUCAAGUGAAGUUCCACCGAAAGAUAUGGAACUGGUUAACAAACAUUAUGAACUAUUUAGGCAGGCAAAGAAGAUCACUCGUGAUGAGUUUGUUAAAAAGUUGAGAUUAAUAGUUGGAGAUACUUUGUUGAGGACUACGAUAACAAAGCUUCAGUGCAAGAUACCGAUGAAAUCCAAGAAUGAUGCGGAAGCAUUGAAGACAAAUGUUGAAGGUUCUGGAUGCCGUUAGUUGUUGGAAGAGAGUACUGGUAUGCUUCCUGUUCCAGCUUUCGCUUGCUAGAAAUGCGUCGACAUGAUCUUGUGGAUGUUAUUAUGUGCCUGCUUCAUUUACUUUGUAGGCUUUAGGUAAAUAAGAAAUCGAGCCAAGUUUUUUCCUUGCUAGUUAUGGUUUAUCUGAGCUUUUCUUAAACUGCAAUAUGUUUAUUACUGGAACUUCUUUGUACGACCUAUUCACAUUACUAGGCCUGGUGGUUUUGUUGUUUCUGUUCCUCAUUUGCACAUUUUGAUUCGUGUAAUAGCCCUUUACCUUCUA